AGGGUGAACUAGGCAUGGCCAGCUUGCAGCGCACUCAGAGGUCACCGGGAAGGGGAGCUGGCCAGACAGAAAUCCAACUUUCCAGCAGAAACCUAGGAUGUUGGAGUUAAAAGACGCAUUUAUGGGCCUUUAAAAAAGCAGGACUCAGAACAUCCACUGACUGAGAAGGGCUGCCCUGUGUCAAUGGAGGAGGAAGCAGAGGAGGAAUCCGGGCUGGGCAGGUCGGCAGCCCCCAAAGACUUCCACUUUUAUCACAUGGACCUGUAUGACUCUGAAGAUAGACUGCAGCUCUUCCCAGGAGACAGCAGCAGAAUCAGGAGGGAAGUAACCCAAGCCGAAGAUGACCGUGAAUUAGGGGAUGAAUUUGUGGAUGAACACAGACUGGGGACUCUGGGGUAUCCUUCUUACGGGAUGAGGAGGAGGGACCCAGGCAGGGAGCCGAGAGACUGGGGUGAGGCAGCUGAGGCGGAGGACCUGGGCUACGGAGGAGGGCAAGGCCCUCUUGACCAGUGCCAAGACCUCCGGGAAGCCUACAGGUACACACAUGGCCGUGCCAGCGAGGAGUAUGAAUGCUAUGUCAUCCCAGAGGAGGAAGACGAAGAAGAGCCUGCUGAUGUCUUCUGCAUCACUUGCAAAACUCCAGUAAGAACUGUUGAGAAGGAUUUUGAUACACACAAGGAACACGAAGUAACCCCAAUCAGCAAAGCUCUGGAACAUGCCAAGGAUGAGGUUCACAAAAAUAUGUGCAAAUUGGAACAGCAGAUAAUUGAGAUGGAAAAUUUCGCUAGCCACCUGGAAGAAGUGUUCAUUACUGUGGAGGAGAAUUUUGGAAGACAGGAACAAAACUUUGAGUGCCAUUACAAUGGGAUCUUGGAAACCCUCGCUCAAAAGUAUGAAGAAAAAAUUCAAGCUCUGGGGGAGAAAAAGAGAGAGAAACUGGAAGCCUUAUACGGACAACUGGUCAGCUGUGGAGAGAACCUCGAUGCCUGCAGGGAGCUGAUGGAAACCGUAGAGGAGAUGUGUCAUGAGGAAAAGGUGGAGUUCUUAAAGGAUGCAGUGGCUAUGACUGACAGACUGGGGAAAUUCCUGAAAACCAAAACUGAUGUGGAGCUCUCUGCACAACCUGAGUUUGAAGACCAGACCUUGGACUUCUCUGAUGUGGAGCAGCUGAUGGACGCCAUCAAUACCAUUCCAGCGCCCUCUGCUCCAGUGAUAAAUCCCCAGGCACCCAACUCCGCCACCGGCUCCUCAGUGCGUGUAUGCUGGAGCUUAUAUUCUGACGACACCGUGGAGAGCUACCAGCUGUCCUAUAGGCCGGUGCAGGACAGCUCAUCUGGCAAGGACCGAGCAGAAUUCACCAUGAUGGUCAAAGAAACAUAUUGCUCAGUGACAAAUCUUGAGCCAAAUACUCAGUAUGAGUUUUGGGUCAUAGCUCAGAACAGGACUGGCCCCAGCCCCUGCAGUGAGCACGCAGUGUAUAUGACAGCCCCCUCUCCCCCCUCUAUAAAAACCGAGGCAAUCAGAAGCUGUGAAGAGGCUGUGCUGAUUUGCUGGGAGUCUGGGAACCUGAAUCCGGUGGACUCCUACACGGUGGAGCUAAUCCAGGCAGAGACGCCAGAAGCCUCGGGGGUAACUGAAUCUGUCGUAGGCAUCCCAACCUGUGAAUCCCUGAUACAGCUGCAGCCUAGACACAGCUAUACCAUCUAUGUGCGAGCCCUCAACGUGGGAGGCACCAGUGCCAGAAGUGAGCCUGCUACAGUGCACACCACAGGAAGCUACUUCCAAUUGAACAAAGACACCUGCCAUCCCUGGCUGACCAUUUCUGAAGAUGGGUUUACGGUAGUUCGAAGUGAGAAGAAAAGUUUCAGAAAGGAGCUGCCGCCGAGCAAGACGCAAUUUACCAGGUGUGUUGCUGUCAUGGGGAAUCUGAUUCCGGUCCGAGGGCGCCAUUACUGGGAAGUGGAGGUGGCUGAGCAUUUGGACUACACUGUGGGUGUGGCCUGUGAAGAUGUCCCUAAGCAGGAAGACCUGGGAGCAAACUCCUUGUCCUGGUGCAUGAGGCAUACAUUUGUUUCCAAAAGGCACCGGUAUGAGUUUCUGCACAACAAGAUGACUCCAGACAUCAGGAUCACAGUUGCUCCGAGGAAGAUUGGCGUGCUGCUGGACUAUGAGAACGCCAAGCUGUCCUUUUUCAAUGUGGACAUUGCUCAGCACCUGUACACAUUUAGCUGUCAGCUCCACCAGUUUGUGCAUCCCUGCUUUUCCCUGGAAAAGUCUGGAUGCCUAAAGAUCUGCAAUGGCAUUUCAAUGCCAAAGCAUGUCACUUUCUUUUAGGCCCUUCUGGUAUUUCCACUCUUUCUUCCUUCCUGUCCCUCAGCCACCCUCCCCUCCCUGGCUGAACUUGGUAUUCAAGGUUCCUACUGCUAGCCGAAGCUAAAGCUCACGGUAGUGUCAGUAGAUGGUGUACUGGAGCCCUUUUCACCUGUGUGCUGUGCCCUGCUGAAGCUAGGGGGAGCCCUUAUCGGGCUGUUAAAUGAGGGCUCUUGUGGGGUCGAAUUCUUGGAGUGUUAAAUUGCAGUUUGUGAUAUGUAAAGUAUUUUGAGUCUCCUAAACUUAUAGACCUAGGGAGAGGGUCAGGGAAGUCAUGAUGGCAUCAGCAGCCCCUGUACAUUUGUGACAUUUCACUGUUUACCAAGAUCAGACUAGGAAAGGCAAGAAAUUACAGAAAAAGAAGGAAGUCAGGUGCCCAUCUCAAGGCCAUCGUGGACACUGAGUAAGAAUGGUUCCCGUAGGCUCACAUAUUUGAAUGCUUAGUCAUGGGUGGAGGCGGGGCUAGGAGUGGCACUACUUGAAAAGGAUUAGACUUAUUAGGAGAUGUGGCUUUGAUGAUCAGAAUAAACCUCUCCACUACCGCUCCCAUGCAGUGAGUGCUGCCAUGCUUCCUGCCAUAAUAAAGGGCUUAACCUCUCAAACUAU